AGUCGCGCUGAAGGAAGACACGGCUGCGGAUCUUAAUGAGCCAGUUGCCCGUUACAAACGGAGAUAAACACACACACACACACACACACAAGACACGGACACUGAUUGAAACAACAAACGGACAUUUGAGGUUCUCCAAACAAAACUUCUACUAUAGUCGCAACGCACAAAAAUCUAAACCGAACGAAAGCCAUGGCUGACUCCGGAGCGAACAGCAACAGCGACGGGGAGGAAAAACCGAUGCGGGGCUUCGCUCGCCAGGGCGCUCUCCGACAGAAGAACGUGCACGAAGUGAAGGAUCACAAGUUCAUCGCUCGUUUCUUCAAACAGCCGACCUUCUGCAGCCACUGCACCGACUUCAUCUGGGGAUUUGGCAAGCAGGGAUUCCAGUGUCAAGUGUAUCUACAGAGCCUUCAGAGAGUCUUCAUACCCCUGGAUAUACUCUACAUGUUGUGGUGUUACAGCCUGAUUUAAAACAAUUAUUACGUUAUAUUUUAUUUUCUCACCCAUCUAUCACCCACAACAUCCCAUAAUG